GAGGUCACCAAAAUCAAUUCGAACUCGAGCCGACAUUUUUGUUAACCCUUAAUUGUACUUCCGAUUUUGGCGUUGUGCGUUUCUACACGUGUUUCUGUCUUUUGGUAACAAGCUGUACGGCAAGAUGUCGCUCGUGAUUCCUGAAAAGUUCCAGCAUAUUCUUCGUGUCAUGGGCACGAAUAUUGACGGCAACAGGAAGGUCAUGUUUGCCAUGACCGCAAUUAAAGGUGUUGGUCGACGUUAUGCCAAUAUUGUUUUGAAGAAGGCUGACAUUGAUUUGGACAAGCGAGCUGGAGAAUGCUCAGAGGAAGAGGUGGAGAAAAUUGUUACUAUUAUGGCCAAUCCUAGGCAAUACAAGAUUCCAGAUUGGUUCCUCAACAGACAAAAAGAUAUUGUUGAUGGAAAAUACUCGCAGCUCACGAGUGCCAAUUUGGACUCUAAGUUGCGUGAGGAUUUGGAAAGAAUGAAAAAGAUCCGCGCUCAUAGGGGUCUGCGUCACUAUUGGGGUCUCCGUGUACGUGGUCAGCAUACCAAGACCACCGGUCGUCGUGGACGCACGGUCGGUGUGUCGAAAAAGAAAUAAUUUUAUUAAUUUAUGUACUCUAUACCGAUUAUUAAUAAACUUUUAAACUAAG